AUGCAAAUGGAUUAUUUUACUUCAGAAUGGUUUCUAUCAAAUAUAUUCUGGUUAAUUAUAAUUCCAAAUCAUUUGCAAUUCUACGAUGAAUUUCCAUUGAACACAUUUGUCAAUGCUGACAAUUCAAUAUUCAAUAACAUUGAAAAUAGUAAACCUAUUGACAAUAAACACAUUCAUAACAAUGAAUUGACUCUUACGCAUUAUACUAUACAAUAUACUAUGACAGAAAAUCAACCGUAUCAUUUUCAAAUCGGUAAAAUUAAUUCGGAUCUUUUAAAAAUACCAGAAAUUUUAAAAUCCAGCCAUCUGUUCAAUUUAUUGACAGGAUUAAAUAAACACAGAUUAUUGUAUAAAUUACCAGAACCAUCAAAUUAUGUAGAAUUAAAUGAAACAACAAGUAUCCUAUACACAAAGAAAAUUAUUGAUCUAGAAAAAUUAUGUCCAAAAUAUUGUAAAGAGAAUACAUUCUAUGCUCAGUUCAAUAUUCAAAUCAAUGUAUGGUUCAAUGUCCAAUUAAUCUGCAUAGUCAAUGUUCAAUUAUUGAUCACUGAUCUCGAUGAUAAUGUACCACGAUUUCCACUGACUAUACCAAGACCAUAUCGUUUGAAAUUGAAAGAAGUGAUUUAUCGUAUUGGGAAAUAUGUAGAAUUACCUAAAGCACAAGACGUGGAUAUUAAACCUAGUCAUGCAGAAAUUGUUUAUCGAUUAGAUUCAUUGCCAGAAUAUAAAUGGAAUGUAUUGGAUACAUUUCGUUUAGUGAUUAGUAAUGAUUCACGUCUUUUACUUGUAUUACAACGUAAUUUAGAUUAUGAAUAUAUAAAAGAAUAUAAAUUUUAUUUAAUUUGUUCUUCACCAAGAAUUAUAGGAUUUAAUUAUUCAUCCACAUUGAAUAUAGAAGAUCGUUUAGAAAUUAUUAUUGAAGUAUUGAAUAUAAAUGAUAUUGAACCAAUGUUUUCAAAAACAGUUUAUGAAAUACAAAUUAUGGAAAAUACUCCAGUUAAUUCAAUUAUUUAUGAGUUAAUGGCAACUGAUAAAGAUAUAGAUUCCAUCAUUACUUAUUCAAUGGAAAAUGAUGUGGAUGAUACAAAUAUCACCAGGAAAUUUUCAAUUCAAUCAACUGGACAAGUGAUUAUCAUGGAACAAUUAGAUUAUGAACAAUGUAAUUUGUAUAGUUUUACAGUACGUGCUAAUGAUGGAGAAUUUUAUGCAUUAACUCGACUUGUUAUUAAAAUUUUAGAUGUAAACGAUGAACCACCAGAUUUUCUAUUAAAUCCAUCAAAGUUAACAAUUAAAGAAAAUCAACCAGCAAAAACAUUGAUUGGUCAUCUUCUCAUAAUUGAUCGUGACAGUCCAACAGUUAAUGGUCAAGUACAUUGUGAAGAACCAACAUAUUUAAUAAGAAAUCAACCUAUUCUAUUUGUACAAGAAUCGUUGUAUUUACAUGACAGAACACUGUCACAGAAAAUCAAUAAUUAUCAUCAUUAUUAUAAUUCCACAAUAUUCUCACCGAUGCCAUCAUCAUCAUCAUCGACGUCGUCAAACACAGAGACUCAUGUUUAUCAACGUUUCACAUUAUACAGUCAACGAAAAUUUGAUCGUGAAAAUGUCACCAAUCCAUACUUUGCUAUUUUACAUUGUUGGGAUGGUUAUUCAUCAACAACAUCGUCCUCCUCCUCUCCGUUGAGCCCAUCAUCAUCAUCACAUGUGUAUAUGCAGAGGAAACCACUGGAAAUGACAUCAUCAUCAUCAUCAUCACCACCAAUGUUUAGUCUAACAGCUACAAUGACCAUUUUCUUAGAAAUAUUAGAUGAGAAUGAUAAUGAACCGAUAUUUGAUCAAGAAUUAUAUAAGGUUACAAUGAAAGAAAAUUCACCGAUAGGCACUAAAAUUAUCAAGCUUCUCAUAAUUGAUCGUGACAGUCCAACAGUUAAUGGUCAAGUACAUUGUGAAGAACCAACAUAUUUAAUAAGAAAUCAACCUAUUCUAUUUGUACAAGAAUCGUUGUAUUUACAUGACAGAACACUGUCACAGAAAAUCAAUAAUUAUCAUCAUUAUUAUAAUUCCACAAUAUUCUCACCGAUGCCAUCAUCAUCAUCAUCGACGUCGUCAAACACAGAGACUCAUGUUUAUCAACGUUUCACAUUAUACAGUCAACGAAAAUUUGAUCGUGAAAAUGUCACCAAUCCAUACUUUGCUAUUUUACAUUGUUGGGAUGGUUAUUCAUCAACAACAUCGUCCUCCUCCUCUCCGUUGAGCCCAUCAUCAUCAUCACAUGUGUAUAUGCAGAGGAAACCACUGGAAAUGACAUCAUCAUCAUCAUCAUCACCACCAAUGUUUAGUCUAACAGCUACAAUGACCAUUUUCUUAGAAAUAUUAGAUGAGAAUGAUAAUGAACCGAUAUUUGAUCAAGAAUUAUAUAAGGUUACAAUGAAAGAAAAUUCACCGAUAGGCACUAAAAUUAUCAAGAUGCAUGCAACAGAUAAAGAUGUUGGUAUAAAUGCACAAAUUUACUACAGUUUACAACAGAAUGAAUUGAAUACGCCUUAUUUUAAAAUCGAUCCAAUAACUGGUUGGAUUUUUAAUUCAGCUGAAAUAGAUCGUGAAGCACAGGCAACAUCUAAAUUAACAGUUUUAGCAAUCGAUGGUGAUUAUCAAACAUUCACCGGUCAAUUCUAUUUAACAUCAAAUCAUCAAACUAUACAUCAUACAACGACAACACAAUUAAUCAUACAUAUAUCGGAUGAAAAUGAUAAUCCCCCGGAAUUUCAUGGUCCAAGACAAUUUGCUAUUGAAGAAAAUCAACCAGUGAAUACAUGGAUUGGUAAUUUACAAGUCAUUGAUCGUGAUGAAGGUUUCAAUAGUGAAAUAACAUUUGAAUUAUUUAUCGGACAUUCCAAUGCAUUAUUGAUAAGUGAAACGAUGACAUUGAAACCGAAAUUGAAUAAGACAAAUGAUGAUGAUGAUGAUGAUGAUUCCAUGAUGAUGGAUGAUAAUUUCCCAUUUUAUUUAUUGACUAAUGGGAGUUUAUUUACAAGGCGAUCGUUAGAUAGAGAAAUUCAAUCUCAUUAUUGUUUUGAAGUGAUUGCAUCGGAUAAUGGUCAAGAGAAAAUUCAUUCCACAGUCGAUACAAUUUGUGUACGUGUAAUUGAUUUAAAUGAUAAUAAACCAGAGAUUUUGGAGAUUAAAGGAGAAUAUUAUGAAGAUAUGAAUAGAACAUUACUGAAUCAAUCAAUAAUGACAGUCAAUUCAUCUUCCAUUGAUUUUAUUACUGUAAACAAACAACAAUCAAAUCUGUCACAGCAAUCUGUAAUACCAUUCUCAAUCAAUGAAGAACCAGGUUAUUGUGUAUUCAUUGUAAAAGCAAUUGAUGCAGAUGAAGGCAGAAAUGCACAAUUACACUAUCGUAUAAUCGAUCAAUAUUCAAGUAAUAAUAAUAAUAAUAAUAAUAAUAAUAAUAAUAAUAAUAACCUAGAAUUAAAUGAACGACAUACAACUAUGCUGAAUGAUGCUUUACAAAUAGAUUCAACAAAUGGACAAGUUAUACUGAUUAGAAAUUUAUUACACAAUGAACUUGGUAUACAUGAAAUAAUCAUCCAGGUAGCAGAUAAUGGAGUGCCAAAAUUGAAAACUGAAAAACUUCUCAUAAUUGAUCGUGACAGUCCAACAGUUAAUGGUCAAGUACAUUGUGAAGAACCAACAUAUUUAAUAAGAAAUCAACCUAUUCUAUUUGUACAAGAAUCGUUGUAUUUACAUGACAGAACACUGUCACAAAAAAUCAAUAAUUAUCAUCAUUAUUAUAAUUCCACAAAAUUCUCACCGAAAUCAUCAUCAUCGACGUCGUCAAACACAGAGACUCAUGUUUAUCAACGUUUCACAUUAUACAGUCAACGAAAAUUUGAUCGUGAAAAUGUCACCAAUCCAUACUUUGCUAUUUUACAUUGUUGGGAUGGUUAUUCAUCAACAACAUCGUCCUCCUCCUCUCCGUUGAGCCCAUCAUCAUCAUCACAUGUGUAUAUGCAGAGGAAACCACUGGAAAUGACAUCAUCAUCACCACAAAUGUUUAGUCUAACAGCUACAAUGACCAUUUUCUUAGAAAUAUUAGAUGAGAAUGAUAAUGAACCGAUAUUUGAUCAAGAAUUAUAUAAGGUUACAAUGAAAGAAAAUUCACCGAUAGGCACUAAAAUUAUCAAGAUGCAUGCAACAGAUAAAGAUGUUGGUGUAAAUGCACAAAUUUACUACAGUUUACAACAGAAUGAAUUGAAUACGCCUUAUUUUAAAAUCGAUCCAAUAACUGGUUGGAUUUUUAAUUCAGCUGAAAUAGAUCGUGAAGCACAAGCAACAUUUAAAUUAACAGUUUUAGCAAUCGAUGGUGAUUAUCAAACAUUCACCGGUCAAUUCUAUUUAAAAUCAAAUCAUCAAACUAUACAUCAUACAACGACAACACAAUUAUUCAUACAUAUAUCGGAUGAAAAUGAUAAUCCCCCGGAAUUUCAUGGUCCAAGACAAUUUGCUAUUGAAGAAAAUCAACCAAUGAAUACAUGGAUUGGUAAUUUACAAGUCAUUGAUCGUGAUGAAGGUUUCAAUAGUAAAAUAACAUUUGAAUUAUUUAUCGGACAUCCCAGUGCAUUAUUGAUAAAUGAAACGAUGACAUUGAAACCGAAAUUGAAUAAGACAAAUGAUGAUGAUGAUGAUGAUUCCGUGAUGAUGGAUGAUAAUUUCCCGUUUUAUUUAUUGUCUAAUGGGAGUUUAUUUACAAGGCGAUCGUUAGAUAGAGAAAUUCAAUCUCAUUAUUGUUUUGAAGUGAUUGCAUCGGAUAAUGGUCAAGAGAAAAUUCAUUCUACAGUCGAUACAAUUUGUGUACGUGUACUUGAUUUAAAUGAUAAUAAACCAGAGAUUUUGGAAAUUAAAGGAGAAUAUUAUGAAGAUAUGAAUAGAACAUUACUGAAUCAAUCAAUAAUGACAGUCAAUUCAUCUUCCAUUGAUUUUAUUACUGUAAACAAACAACAAUCAAAUCUGUCACAGCAAUCUGUAAUACCAUUCUCAAUCAAUGAAGAACCAGGUUAUUGUGUAUUCAUUGUAAAAGCAAUUGAUGCAGAUGAAGGCAGAAAUGCACAAUUACACUAUCGCUUGAUCGAUCAAUAUUCAAGUAAUAAUCAUAAUAAUAAUAAUCUGGGAUUAAACGAACAACAUACAACUAUGCUAAAAGAUGCUUUACAAAUAGAUUCAACAAAUGGACAAGUUAUGCUGAUUAGAAAUUUAUUACACAAUGAACUUGGUGUGCAUGAAAUAAUCAUCCGGGUAGAAGAUAAUGGAGUGCCGAAAUUGAAAACUGAAAAAAUUAUUCAAUUGAUUAUUGAAGAUACACCGGCACGUGGAAAUUGGUUACUUCCUGAUACAAUACAACAGCACAAUUUCUCAUCUGUACAUAAUUUUCAACAUAAGAAUUUAUCUAAAGCUUAUAAAAUUUUAAUAGUGAUUUUAUUAUCUGGUAUAUCAAGUUUUUUAGCUGCUUUAUUAAUCAGUGUAAUUUUGUGUAUGAUUGCACCUUGUCGAAAAUUACAAAUCAAUUAUUCAACGAGUCAAUUUUUAAAACACAUGUUUGUUAAAAAUCAUCAUCAUCAUCAUACUACUACUGAUAAUAUUUAUAUCAAAGAAUUCAAUGAAACCAUUUUCAAUCAUAAUGAUACUCAACUUAAAUCUGAUCAGAUUGGAAUGGUUGACAGUGUAUGUAAAUUUCAUGUGUCCAAUCAACAAUCUCAUAAACCACAACAACAGCAACAACACUCUGAUCAUUUGAAUAGUUAUACAUCAGGAGAAAAUGUGGACAGUUCCACAGUUGACAGGAUGGAUGUUCCAUGGCAAACUACACAUUCUUACAAUCAAGAAUAUGGUUCAAGAACAGAGUGUAUAGAAAAUUGUUUUAUACCUCAGUAUAAAUUUAUUCAAACAGAUAUUUGUGUUAAUGAUAUGACGACACAUGAUUGUCAAAACAAUGUUGAUCAGUCGACAAUCUAUACAAUGAAUUCAAAUGUCAAUCAACAUCAAUUGAAUAUGAUCAAUGCCAUACAACCAGUGUGCAUUGAACGAGUUUUAUCACCUUUGAAUAUUGUGAAAAAUACAGUUCAACAACCUGAAUGGAACUCACUCAUUUUAGAAUUACCACAUAAUGAUUGUCAACAAAUAUUAUCUACCACACUUCAUGAUGACAAACGCUUACAAUGUUCUUUGCAUUUACCACAACAACUAAGCUGUCAUGCUCAACUAUGUAAUAACUCUUCCUCUAUCACACCGAUUUCAUCAAUCUCAUUAGCAUCGAUCAAUAAUCCAACCGUGAAACCUAAUCUUAUUUUACUACAAUGUACAGAUAAUUUGCCAAUUACUUCCACAUAUUAUUAUACACAACAUGAUCGAUCAGUUUCAUUAACUCCACUGUCCAUAUUGGAAUUGAAUACAACCAGUUUAAAUGAUUUGAAAUCGAUGAAUAAAACAAAUACAGACUUUAGCUUAAAAGAUUGUAAUCUACCAAUUACAAAUGAAGAACAACGUUCCGAUAGUGGGCGAGGGGCGAGUGAUGAAGAGAAUGUUCGUUUGAAUAAACUUAAUGAAUAA